AUGUCCCACUACGCCACCAAGCCUAAAUCCCGCCGCCCCCAACCCUCAACCCACCUCCCCUCCUCCUCCCACCCCCUGCCCCAUCCCUCCCACGCCAACGCCAACCCCCGCGCACUGACAGAAGACCAGCGCGGCGAGAUCCGCGAGGCCUUCGACCUGUUUGACGUGGACAAGGACGGGGCGAUCGAUUAUCACGAGUUCAAAGUCGCGAUGCGGGCUUUGGGUUUUGAUGUGAAGAAGGGGGAGGUUAUGAAGUUGUUGAAGGAGUUUGGGGGGGAGGAUGGAUUGAUGGAUUUUGGGGGUUUUGAGCGGAUCAUGACAGAGAAGAUCCUCUCCCGGAAUCCCGAACACGAACUCCGCCGCGCCUUUGAACUUUUCGACGACGACAGAAGCGGCAAGAUAUCCCUCAAAAACCUUCGGCGGGUAGCCAAGGAGCUUGGAGAGACGCUGGGGGAGGAUGAACUACAAGCGAUGAUAGAUGAAUUCGACCUCGACCAAGACGGCGAGAUCAACCUUGAAGAAUUCCUCGCCAUCAUGCUCGACGGCGAAUAGCUGUGCUCUGCGUCUCUGUUUGUGCUCUUCAUCACGAGGGAGGGGGUGCUUUGUAUCGUAUGUAUUGCUUUGAUCUAUGAUCCAUACCUAUUCUUCCCGCCGUC